AUGGCAACCAUUACCACUACAACUACAGAAAUCACCGAUGAAUUUGAAAAAGCUGCCAUGGAUGGAGCAAAAAAAGCUUUGAAUGAAAAUUCACCAUUUUGGGGUGGUGUCGAAUGGUUUAUCAAUUUUCUUCGAACGCAUGUGAAAGCAUUUUUUACUACGCAUAUUAAAUCUAUACCAAUUAUCGGUCAAUUCGCGGCAAGAGUUGGCACAACGGUGACUGAAUUUAUAUUCACAGUUUUGGGUACACUCAUCGGUUUUCUUAAAGUGGUCUGGAAUAGUCCUCAAAUAUGGGACCAGGCUCAUGCGAUGGCAAUGCAAGCGUGGAACGCAAAUGCUGAUAAUGGACUUUUGGCACAGAUCUAUGCUUACGGGAAGAAAAUGGCGGGAUAUUUUCUGGAAAUUAUUAAACAAUGUUUCGAACGUGCGGUCAAAGCUCAUGGUUUGGAAAUGAAUCUAACUGAAAAACAAGCUAUUUCAGGUUUAUUAGAUUCAUUACUUAAUUAG